UUUAUGAAAAACUGUGUGAUCUCCUCCCCUCCUACUACUUGAUCAGUCAUUUUGAAGCCGGAACACUUGUUUUAGCGCCGGAUCAGUGUGUUUGUGUCAUCAUUCUGUCGUUUCCCAGUUCCAUGUUUUACUACGUCCUGAAUAAAACAAUGUUGUGACGCCAACAUAUUGUCCUGGUUUAUUUCACCUAUUUGUCUUUUUCUAAUAAUACACAUUAAGGCACACUGAUUUCAAGUCUGUUAAAGGGUUCACUAAAUUUUGCAAUAUUUAAAUGUAUAUUCUUUAAAUUAUUUCUGCAUAAUUUUUAGUGUUUUUGUAUGUUGUCAAUAUUUACUUUGAUCACAAAUGGUAACCAGGCAAGUGCAAUUCCGAGAACGCAGACGAGGGGAGACCGGGAGGAAAAUUGGGAAAUUCCUGAAGUAACUAAUGAAACUGAGAGCUAGAAAAUUUGAUAUUUAAAAAUAAAAGAAACAAAAAUUUACCGUCGAUCUAAGAAUAACAAUGGCAUUUCAAGGGAAUAGUGGUGCUCAACUUUCAGUUGUGCAAACUCAAUCAUUGGGAAUGCAAGAAAAUGUACAGCAACCGUUGUCAAUUACAGAACAACCAAGCUCGUAUGGACACACCUAUCGGUAUAGCAAUGAAAGAAGAGAUGGAAAAGCUUAUGGUCAUAUAAAAGGAAGGAGAGGACCAUAUCCUAAAGUGAAGCUGAAUCCGUGUUUUCAACAUGGGAAAGUCAUCUUGUCUCUUGUAGACAGUAAUCACCAAUUGCAUCCAUACUCUUCGAUACGCAAAGACAGAAGUGGUCAACAAAGUGAGAAUAUUGAUUUUCAUGUCUAUGAUAUUGGUCAAAAGGAACUCGAGUUAGAUUUAUGCAUUCAAGCUCUGAAGCGUCAAAAUGAUUCAAAUAACAGAGCUGAAAUGGAUUCAAAACGUUCAAUGUUGGUCAGACGCAUGAAUUGCGUUUAUAAGUCGGCAAGUUUUAUAAAUGACUAUGCACUGAACGACUGUGAUGCUUACAAUUAUGCGAGUAUGAUGAAUAAUUCAUAUGAAAUAAGUGAUGUGAACAAUCAGAAUUGGUUAAAAGAAGCAGCAGAACAACAAGCAAAAGAGACAGAUCUGAAUAAAUGUCAUCUUCGCUUUCAGUUGGUUUUACAAAGUGUAGAUGGACGUUUCAUAUAUUAUCCUCCCAUAUUUUCGUCUGUUAUAAUCAAUGCACGCUGCAAAAGCGGUGCUGAUAUGAAUAUCAUGGCAUUUCAUGUUAUCCAGAAAGAAAUAGUUGGACCUGCAAAAGGUGGAACUGAAAUCCAAGUAAACUGUUCAAAUGUUGAUGCGGAGGAUGCAGUCAUUUGCGUUCAUGAUGGAGAAAAUACCUUGGAGCCAUCAUGGAAAAAGUUUGUUCCAAUAAACAAAGUCGAUAUUCAUAAGAAUACUAGUUUCAAAUUCAUCAUGCCACCAUAUCGUGAUGGUAAAACAGUUGAACCGAAAAAGGUCUUUAUUGAACUUCAAAGAAAAUCCAACAAAGAUUGGCAUUCUCAAAAAAGAAUAGAGUUUAUAUAUCAACCUAACGAUGAAGAUGAUUAUCACAUCGGUGCCAAAAGAAGGAAGACGUGCGAUCCAUCACCAAUUGAUCCAUCAUCAGCUGGAGAUAGAUUGAGGUAUGCUGGAAAUUUUAGGACUCUGAGUGACUCCAUCAUCGAAUACUUCAACACACCUAGGCAGACUUCGUCUCAAUUAGACCAACAAGAUGUUGAUAUCACCUACGCAACAACAGGAAAUAAAAGCAACAACUUGUUUGGGAACAGAAUUUUUCAUCAACCAAAUGAACACCAAUUGGAUGAUACUUGUGGAUCAACAAACCUCAUAGCAGCAUCAUCCAUUGCAAUGCCUGGACAGACCUUUGAUAAAUCUAACGAUGUCAUCAACCACCUUGACGAAUUGCUUAAUGCUCCGCAAUUUAAUUUGGAUGCGUCUCAAAAAAUUAGGGAGCCAAACAGCAUGUUAUAUCCUGGACAACCAAAAUAUUUUCAACAAAUACAAAAUAAUUUGCUGACACCGCUGAAACCACUACAACAAUGUCAAAAUGAGCAGCUCGAGCAACUGUCUUCAGAGCAAUCAAGAGUAGUUGUGUUGAAUGAGAAGUCAAUUAAGGCGCAACAACUGCAACAGACACAACAUCCUACACAGUACGCACAAGACAUGCCCCAGCAACAAAUCGUUGAAGGUGUCAUGCCUGGACAGGAACCUGUUGAUAACAUCAAUCAAUCCCACAUACUGUUGCAACAACAGGUUGUUGAAGGAUCAAAUAUAGUGAUGCCAGCCGUUUCCCACAGUACUUCUCAAAUGGUGAUUGAAAAUCAAUAUGUGGAAGCAGACGUUCCGGACGCAGAAAAGACAUAUAAUGAUGCAGAAAAGAGUGCCAAUGUUUAUGACGAAAAGCUGAAAAGUUUGCAGAGUUUCCUUCAUGAACAAAACAGUCCCUUUAAUCUUUCAGAAUCCGAUUUGAAUUUUUACUGGUCGUCAAACAAUAAUGCGGAAAAUAGGAGUUUCGAGGAGUAUCUAUAAGCGAAGACAGGGGGGGGGACUGACAAAAUAAUCUAAUCUUAGUAUAUGUCGUCAGUUUUUUUGUUUUUAAAAAAUUUGUAGUGAUCUACACAUAAUUCUACUUAGUUUGGUUUUAUACGUUAAUUUAUCCACAAUACUUUUUGCAUUAUUGGUUCGUGCCCAAUCCAGCUUUUUGAUCGCAAGUAGGAAUAGAACUUUGACAGAGCUCUUUAAAUUUCGAAAGCAGCAUUUAUUGAAUAGCUUGUCAUCCAGAACGCUAAAUCAAGCUAUUAAUCUUGUUUCAGCAUUUAGUCGUACUAAUCGAUAACUCCCAUCAAACUUUCUGAAACGAACAAAGUUUGGAUUACCGUAUGAUUUUUUAUUGUGUCAAUAUAAUAAUAACAAUAACAACAAUAGAGGGUAGCAUCCAUAAAGUAAGUCCCUACCAUCAAGCAACCCUUUGCCCUCCCUUUUGUUCUAAUCAGUACUUUAUCUCUUAGUUAUAAUCGACCUUCUUCAAUACGUAAAUAAUUCUCUUGUUCCCUCAUGUAUAUUUAAAAAAAAAUUAAAAAAAAAAUUUUUGAAUGUAUUAUUAUUAUCUGAACGCACCUUUAUAAAUAUGUCUUAUGUAAACUUGUUGCAGUAAAAACAUGUAAUCACUAAAAUAAAUAGCACUUAAUAGCGCAGAAUCUAUCGUUUUGUAAUAAUAGAUAAGGUUUUCUGUGACUGAAUAUACUGAAGAAUGCGAAAUCUGAAAAAAAUUAGUCUUUUUUGUUUACCGGCUAUUUAAACAUUACGUCAUUAUAGAGAUAGACGCGAGCGUACUCACAAGUUUUAAAUAACAUAGAAACGAGUGUGAUUAACAACAUCAAUUCUUUCGUGGAUAACUACAGCUUUUGACUAAAAGUAUUUCACAAUAACCACCACAAGUAAUCACAUUUGUUGUUUAUAUGUAGAGUGUCGCAUUGUCAAAGUUCACUUCUCGAUGUUUACAGCGGACGUAGGAUUGCGGAGAUUCAGUUUAAUCUAUACUCUUGAAACAUGCUGAUUGUUGGUCACUUCAGCACCUCUAUUUUCCUUGAAUGU